AGUUAGACGUCAGAAAGUCCCCCUGCCUACUGGCUAAAGCUCUUCAAGAAGAAGAAGGAAGAAGAAGUAACUCUUAGGUCAAUCUAGAUUCUUACCUGGAUAAUCUCCAUCUGAAGUCCAGACACAGCAGGAGUGCGUCUCCCUCAUCGAGCGCUGGGACGUCUGAGCCUCCACCACCAUGACAGACAACAAGCGUCUCGCCUACUCCAUCAUCCAGUUCCUCCACGAUCAGCUGCAGUCCGGCGGUUUGUCCUCGGACGCUCAGGAGAGUUUGGAAGUUGCCGUUCAGUGUUUGGAGACGGCGUUUGACGUUUCCACGGAUGACCAGAGCCUCGCCGUGCCCGUGACGUUACCAGAGAUCUUCGCCAGCGCCACGGCACAGUUUCCGGCUCAGUCCCAGGUAAACAACAAUUCCAGGACCAGCUCCCCGACGGAGGAGCAGAGGGCGGAGGCCGAGCGGCUGAAAAGUGACGGAAAUGACCAAAUGAAGGUGGAGAACUUUGCCGCCGCCGUGGAGUUUUACUCGAAGGCCAUCGCCCUGAACCCCCAGAACGCCGUCUACUACUGCAACAGGGCGGCAGCGUUCAGCAAACUGGGGAACUAUGCCGGCGCCGUGCAGGACUGUGAGCAGGCCAUCGGCAUCGACCCCAACUACAGCAAAGCUUAUGGGCGGAUGGGCUUGGCUCUUGCCAGCCUGAACAAACACACUGAAGCUGUCGGUUACUACAAGAAGGCGCUGGAGUUGGACCCAGACAAUGACACCUACAAGACCAACCUGAAGAUCGCAGAGGAGAAGAUGGAGACGUCCAGUCCGACUGCAGGUAUGGGCGGGGUGGACCUGGCCGGUCUUCUCAGUAACCCCGGCUUCAUGAACAUGGCGUCCUCUCUGAUGAGCAACCCUCAGGUUCAGCAACUGAUGUCCGGGAUGAUGUCUGGAGCUUAUGGCGGGUUGGGAGGCGGCAGUGGAGGAGGUGGAGUAGGAGGAGUAGGAGGAGGAGGAGGCGGUGGUGGCGGCGGCGGCGGCGGCAGUGGCAUUGCAGCCCCCACACCCCCCACAGCCCCUGCAGCAGGAGAUCUGUCGGGGCUAAUCCAGGCAGGGCAGCAGUUCGCUCAGCAGAUGCAGCAGCAGAACCCCGAACUCAUCGAACAGCUGAGGAAUCAAAUCCGCAACCGAACGCCCAGUGCCGGGAACGAGGAGCAGCCGUGACACCCGCAGAAGGUCGAGCAGAGGAGGAGGAGGACGAUGAGGAGGCGACAUCCGGCCUUUUUCUUUCUGACAUGGAUGUAGAACUCGGAGGACUAAAGGAUUGUUUUGUGUUUUCAUCACUGCGUAACGGCUGCAUGACAGACGGCGAAGCCUCCCGCUUCGCUCAGGAGCCUGGGCACAAAAAGUCCCCGCCUCCUGCAGCUCUGUGUGCUUGGAGGGACGAGUGUUCCACCAUCCGGGGUUCGUUGAGGAAGCUACGGGAACACAGACAUCACUUUGAUCAACUUGAAAUGUUCUUAGUUUUCUCUAAAAAUCAACAGCGUUACUUUUAAGGGUUUUUUUCUUCAGGUCGGUUUUUGUGAGGAAUGUGUGCGAAUGAACGAACUUCAGGGUCGUCUGCUCUCGACCACACGGAGCUGCGGGGCCACACUUUGAAAAAGAUUAAAGAAAGAACCUCAAUAUUUUACCUGCUUCUCUUUGUUUUAAAAAUCCUGGGACACAGUCGUCAUGGCAACCCACCAGCUCAUCAGGUGUGAAAAUGGCAGAGAGGAUGAUGCGUAUCUGCAUCCAUUCUCUUGGGUCACAAUUCAAGUACACGUCUGAUCACUUUUUCAGUAAAUUGAUUUAAAAUGAAAGGUUAGUUUCAGCAAUUAAAACAUUCGUGUUUAAAAUAAAAUACCAGAAUUUUAUCAUUCUGGUAUGUCGCUGAUGCCAUUAUUUUUUUAGCUCAAUCCAAAAUGUUUAAAUUGUUUUAAUAAACUUUACGUGAGCAGUUGUUUUA